GGAAUUCUUGAAGAGAGUGGAACACCUAUUGCAGUAAAGGUGCUUAAUCUUCUGAAUCGUGGAGCUUCCAAGAGUUUCUUGGCUGAAUGUGAGGCAUUGAAGAACAUUCGACAUCGAAAUCUUGUCAAGAUAUUAACAGCCGUUUCAAGUGUCGAUUUUCAAGGUAAUGAUUUUAAAGCAUUGGUUUAUGAGUUCAUGGCAAAAGGAAGUUUGGACGAGUGGCUGCAUCCAUCUAUCAACAUGAUUGAAUCGGAUACUGUAAGAAAUCUGAGCUUCUUUCAAAGAGUUAAUGCGACAAUAGAUAUUGCUCAUGCACUGGAGUAUCUGCACCAUCAUUGCGAGCUAUCCAUCAUUCAUUGUGAUCUGAAGCCAAGUAAUGUUUUACUCGAUGAGGAAAUGGUUGGCCAUUUAAGUGACUUCGGCUUAGCAAAAAUUCUUUCUGCUGAUGGACCUACCUAUUCUACUAAUCAGUCAAGCUCCCUUGGAUUAAGAGGAACUAUUGGCUAUGCUCCACCCGAAUAUGGCACGGGAAGCGUGUUGUCAACAAAAGGUGAUGUCUAUAGCUAUGGCAUACUCUUGCUAGAGAUGUUUACGGGGAAAAGGCCGACUGAUGAAAGGUUUAAAGAAGGUUUAAGUAUCCGCUACUUUGUUGAGGCAGCAUUGCCCGAACGAUUGAUUGAGAUCGUAGAUCCCAUUUUUCUUCAAGAGAGUGUAAGACAAGGAACACUCCCAAACAUCACUCUCAAUGAAAACAGCGAGGGAAAUGACAAACAUCUUCAGUGCCUGAAUUUGAUAAUGGAAAUAGGACUUACUUGUUCUGCUGAAUCACCGAGUGAGCGGAUGAACAUGUGUGAUGUUGUUACCAAGCUUUGUUCUAUCAGAGACAAGUUUCUCCGUUCGACUCGAUUACAUCAUGGGAUUCAAACUUCAAAAGCUGUUCAAUCAGCAGUCUUUGUAAGUUCUUCCUAUAACGAGUACACGCCUACAAUGCCGAGCCCCUUGUCCCUUUCCGAGCAAACCCACUCGGAUUCGUCACCUCGUCCCCGUCCAAUCGUCGUACGUCAUUGA